AUGCCUUCCAGAAACGCAGUCAAUAAACCAAAAAACAAAAUACAUAGAGCCCAUCACGCUCAACAACUAGGCAAGAAAAGAGCAGCACGUGCCGCCACUGCUUUGCCUACCAGAUCAUCCCAUGGCAGAUACAACACCAAUACGGUGCCUAGACCAACAGAUUCCAAGGCAGUGGCUCUUUAUAACGGCGAAAUGCCAGCUCGUUCCACAGGAGUCACCACCAACAAAUUGACAGGCAAGAGAGCCAGAAAGAUCGAAAGAAACAGCAGGUACAUUGCUAAGAGAAACGAGCAGUUGAACAUUGAUCUCCAGGCCAAGCAGGAGAUGGAUGUGGAUAUGGCUGAUGGUGAAACGGUGGGCAAGAAAAACAAGCAUGAGAAGGAACCAACGCAGUUGGAGAAGGUGAAAACGGCGCUUUGGGCUGUUGUUGAAGACACAGACGCUGUGGGGAUGAAGUUGAAUGUCUCUGGCGAAGGCACCACGAUUGGAGUCCAGGCAUUUUGA